AUUCCAUUUGAAUAAUGGAAAACAAGAAAAUCAGUCAGAGUAGUGGUGAAAAUAAAAUGACAACAAUAUGUCAAGAAGAAGAGAACUAUGUCAGGAUGAGUUUGUUGCUGUCUGGAAUCUCCCCUCGUGCAGUACGAGUUUUGUUUGACCGUGAAUAUGCUCCAUCUUGUUUAGCUGCAUCAAUAAAGAAAGAAACCAACAAAUUAAAAGACCUCAAACAGAAAAGAGUAAUCAACCAGUCUCAGUGGGACCUUUUGUUUCCACGAAAUGGUGUUCCAGAUUCAAACAUGUUUGAUAUAACUUUGAUGAUUGCAUUACUUACAAACCUUACUGGGUUGAACCAUUAUGACAAGUUACCAUUGGUAACAGACACCACACCAGCAGCUGAUUUGGGGAGAAUGAAGUACUAUAGAAACCUCAUAGCACACAAUAGAGAUGGAAAGUUAGACAACUCAUUUUUCAACACAGCCUGGGAGGAUAUUAUUCAGGCUGUUGGAAGACUUGGUGGUAAAAAUAUUUUUGAUGAAUGUAAAGAGUUGCAGAUUAAAGUUUUGGAGCAGUCAACAGUGCCUUGGAACAUAAGAGUUCAAAUCAGUGAAGUAUUGGCAGAAUGGAGUAUGAAUAAUUCAAACUUUGUUGAGACCAGAGCUGCCAAUUGUAUAUUGGAAUGUGCACAUAAAAACAGUUGUGUAACUAUAACUGGUAGUUCAGGUGUUGGAAAGACAGCAACACUACAAUAUGUGGCAUUAAAAAUGAGAGAUGAAGGAUACAAUGUUCUCGUGAUAACGAAUCUACAUGACAUUGUGAAGUUUUAUAAUCCAAAACAGAAAAUAUUAUUUGUUAUUGAUGACUUUUGUGGAACUUAUUCCAUAAUCCAGAAUGACGUGAACAUUCUGGAAUCUGAUAUGAACUUUCUCAAAGUACUCAUUAAAAAUAAACUCACAAAAAUCGUUGUGGCAUGUCGAUUACAAGUUUAUCUGGAUGACAAGUUUGAAUGCUUAUCAAUUUUUAAGACAUGUGUAUGUAACCUGCUUUCAGACGAAUUCCGUUUAUCUCAAACCGAAAAGCAGUCAAUUGCAAAAUUGUAUUUAGAAACAAAAGCAUCGAAAAUAAUUCAGUACUCUGAUUUACAUGAUUUUUUCCCACUUCUCUGUAAAUUGUAUAAUGACAAGCCUAAACCAAGUAUUACAGAUUUCUUCGAGAAUCCUUAUUCAGUGUAUAAAGAAGAGAUUGACAAAUUGCUUAAAAAAGGACAUUUGAGGAAAUAUUGCGCUUUAGCUUUGUGUGUCAUUUUUAAUAAUAGAUUGAAAGAGGAGUUGUUUACAGAUGAGGUUAAUAUAGAAGUGAGAACAAAAAUAGAGAACACAUGUCAAGCAUGUAAACUGAACAGAUAUACUUCACCACUUUGUCUUCUUGAUGAACUGAAUUCUCUUGAAUAUUCUUUUAUAAAGAAAGAUCAAGAUGUAUAUAAAACUAUACAUGAUAAAGUAUUUGACUUCCUGACUUUCUAUUUUGGAGAAAAAAUGAUCCAAUGUUUAAUCAAGAAUGCAGACAGUUUGAUAAUUGGACAGAGAUUUUCCUUAUAUAAACAAGAUAACACGAAGCAGUUUAUUACUGUAGUACCAACUAAGUGCCAUCAGAUGUACAUAGAUAGAAUGAUUGAUGACUGGUCUAAUGGUUUUGUGCAGUGUGUGUUUGAUAACAUUAAUAUAAAGAUACCAGAGUUCAGACAGAGAUUCCUUUGUUAUUUGAAAACAUUUGAAAUAUCACGACAGAGACAAUUAGCACUAAGCUGUGAUGUUAAUUCCAAAUGUAAUGCACUGUUAUGUUGUUGCAGAAUAUGUGAUAUUAAUUUAAUUCAGUGGUGUAUUUAUCAUGGUGCUGAUGUUAACCAGAGUAAGUGUUGUGGUUUAAGUCCUUUGAAUGUAGCAUCACUUAGAGGUGCUGUAGAAGUAGUUAAACUAUUAUUGGUCAACAUGGCAGACAUUGAUAAACCUUCGGAAAACGGAGCAUCUCCUUUGUUUCAUGCUUGUCUGCAAAAUCAUAUAGAGGUAGUUCAGGUAUUACUGGAUAACAAGGCAAAAAUUAAUAAAUGUACAGAUAAAAGAGCAUCUCCUUUGUAUAUUGCUUGUCUGUGUGAUCAUAUGGAAAUUGUAAAGGUUUUACUGGACAACAAAGCAGACAUUAAUACGUGUGUAGAUAAUGGGAUAUCUCCAUUGAUUGAGGCUUCUGUUAAGAACCAUAUAAGCAUAGCAAAGUUAUUAUUGGAAUACAAGGCCGACAUUAAUAAGUGUACAGACCAUGAAGCAGACAUUAAUAAGUGUAGAUAUGAUGGAGAAUCUCCAUUGUUUAUUGCUUGUUUGAAAAAUCAUACAGAGAUAGUAAAGGUACUACUUGAUUAUAAGGCUGAUAUUAAUAAUUGUACACAUGAUGGAGUAUCUCCCUUGUACAUUGCUUGUCAGGAUAAUCAUAUAGAGGUAGUAAAGGUAUUACUGAAUUAUAAUGCAGAUGUUAAUAAGUGCAGGGAUAAUGGAGCCUCUCCUUUGUGUAUUGCUUGUGAGGGCAAUCAUAUAGACAUAUUAGAGUUAUUAUUGGACAAUAAGGCUGAUAUAAAUAAGUGCGUGGAUAAUGGAUCAUUUGCUUUAUUUAUUGCAAGUUGGAAAAACUAUGUUGAUAUAGUACAGAUAUUAUUGAACAACAAUGCUGACAUUAAUAAGUGUACAAAUGACGGUUUAUCUUCGUUGUUUAUUGCUUGUGAGAACAAUCAUAUAGAGGUAGUAAAGGUAUUACUGGAAAAUAAAGCAGAUGUUGAUAGCGGUUUGGACAUUGGAGCAACUCCUUUGAAUAUUGCAUGUAUGAAAAAUCAUAUAGAAAUAGUAAAGUUAUUAUUAGACAACAAAGCAGAUAUUAAUGGGGAUAAAGGGGAUUCUCCUUUGUGUAUUGCUUGUUGUAAAAACUAUAUUGAUAUAGUACAUACAUUAUUGGUUUACAAGGCAGACAUAAAUAAAUGUGCAGAUGAUGGAACAUCUCCUUUGUUUAUUGCUUGUCAGCAUAAUCAUAUAGAAGUAGUAAAGAUGUUACUAGAAAACAAUGCGGACAUUGAUAAGUGUACAUACAGAGAGGCAACUCCUUUGUACAUUGCUUGUUGUUGUAAUCAUAUAGAGGUAGUUAAGCUAUUACUGCACAACAAAGCAGACGUUAAUAAGUGUACAGAAGAUGGAGUAUCUCCUUUGUAUAUUGCUAGUCAGAACAAGCAUAUAGAGACAGUAAAGGUAUUACUGGACAACAAGGCAGACAUAUUGAUAUCUAAGGAGAUUCAACCUUCUCCUUUGCAUACUUCUAUGAUAUAA